UUUAACAGCUUUUCAGUAAGCUUCUGGUUUUUUUGGCUAUUCUGGUUGAAUUUUCAUAGUUGGCAGCAGCUCUUUUUUCGACAGUGUAAUCACAACAUUGCAGAAAAAGUUGGGGUUUUGCUUCAAGUGUUGGCACCCUCAGGCGAUCGUUUUUAGUGUGUCGUCUGUUUUCGAGUCCACACAAGUUCAUCACCGGCAAUUUUCGUCUCUUUUUUUCGGGAGAAUGCGGUGAUUUGGUGAGCCGCCUGAUAUUGUCACGGCAGCCGAAAACAACGGCCACGUAGUUAGCACCCCACCCUCGACGGCCAGCCGAGACGACGGAGUGCCUUGCGUACGGCUGGCCAGCCGCCUCACUACCUUUCUCAGUUGCUCGGCCCACGUGGGCGCUUCACGUCACGUCCACUACCCCAGUCUCAACGCCUGUCUCAUCCACCAGGGCCGGCCCUCAACUUUCCAGUGUCGCACGGUCCACUUUGGUUACGCAAUUCCCGUCGUCGUGCACAGAUAUUGUCGGGCUCCCGGUGAAAUCGUCUUGGAUAGUCAUGCCCAUCUCGAUCCGGCCACUGCCUCCUAUCUGUUAGAGCAGCACCCGGAUUUAGUGGCCAUCGCCACCACCCUCCGCAGUAGCCCAGUCAAACCCGCCAGCGGACCAUCGUCCGUCAUUCAAGCCGCCAAACUGGCCGCUUUCAAGUCGGUCGAGGUGCGGACUCAUCACCGCUCCGGCUCGCAGACGCCGCUCAUCCAGACGGACGUGCCGUCGCCCAGUAAAAUGGCGGUGGAUCCCAACGAACUCUACGACCAGCUCAUGCGGCAGAACUCUGCCGAGCAGGACAUCCAGGCCAUCGCCAAACAAAUUUCCGAUCACGCCGAAGCCAUUUAUCAAACGUGGAAAUCCAAAGGAUUGACUCCCAAUGAACUGCUCCAUUUGCAUUCGGCGGAGACGGCGGCAGAGACUCCGGGCGGCGACGUGCCGGCUGCCCCAUCCUUCCGGCAAAUGAGAACAUCGGUGGAGAGACGCAGCCAUUCGACUCCGCAUGCAGAGAGACCCAAAUCCGGAUCGUCUCUCUCUCCUGUCGAACUGCUGGCCAGCCCGCAGCUGGAUGCUACCCUCGAACAACUUGUCAACAGCUUUGUGCACGAAGAUAAGGCCCGGUUAGCCGCCAGAGCGCGCACUGUAUCUCCAUCGCCGGUCGGCAUCCAUGUUGUCCAGCAUCAACCGACGUCGGCGGCGGCUUCGACCAUCCAGUCGGCCCUUAAACGUUUUGAAAUGAAGGGCCUGAAUUACGAAUCGGCUCGCAGCCGACAAAGCCAGCCGGAACCGCCAGUUGUAUCCGAGUUGGGCAGCGCAGUCAGAACGUCGCCUUCUUUCCAGGAAGCCGUACAGUCGACUCAUUUGAACCGGACAUCGCCUGGGCAGUCGCCAGUGGCAGAGCCAUCCGGGACGGUGAAAAGCCGAGCUCAAAGAUUCGCCACCCGCAUAGAACUGGCGAACGCGUCUCACGUUUCGCCCAGUUGGCCGGUCAAGCGAGCCGUUUCGCCCGGCCCAGUUCAAUAUCACAAGGUAACUGUCGUGGCCGAAGUGGCAGCUCACUCGCCAGUAGCAGCAGCAGCAGCAGCUACGGCGACGACUAAAUCGUCGUCCAGCACGAGCGAAGUUGACAAAGAAGAAGAGAAAUUAAUCAACGCCCUCAAAACCGGUCAGGUUAUUGACGAAAUCGCAGUUCCUACAUCUCCUACACCCAGCGAUAAUUUCCACCAGUCGAUGAUCAAAAAGACGAGAGAGCGACACCAACGGAACGCUCCGGCUGCUGCCCGAGUCGCUAGCAGCAGCGGCAACGCCGAGGAAGAACUGGAAUCGCUGGUGGGCCGGUUGAAGAUUAUCGAACCGCCAGUGAAAUCCUUGCCAGUCAGUCGAGAGAGCAGCCCGGGUCCCGCCAUCAUGUUGGGCGUUCGUGACGGUUCGCCUUCACGUUCCACCUCUCCGCGGUCGGUCAAACUCUCUGAAACUGUGCCCAUUGCCGGCGUGUCGACCGUCGACUACGCCAAAGUGCGCUUCCAGGCCGCUCAGGCCCAUCCGCUCACCCAGCAAAGACUGGAGGAUUCCAGGACGAUCGGCAAAGCCCAGAAUUCGCCUCAACCGAAUGUCGUCUCGGAAACCCGCAGCCGUUUCGAAGGAUCGACUCAAUCAACCCGUCCAGCCGUCAACACUUGCGCCGUACCCUGGCGAUCCGGCGUCCAGUCCAACGAAUGGUCACCCGUUCGCCCACCGGGCCCUGUCAACCUGGGCGAUGAAUUGCAAUCGGCCCUGCAGCAAUCGCAGUCGGCCGCCGGCUCUUCCGGCUUGAGUCUGGAAGCUCUUCGGCGCAUGAAGACGCGUAAAAUGCGCAAAUCGCCGGAACCGCAGCCAACGGGAUCCGGAUCUAAUACGGGCAGUCCAACUUCCUCUCCGCUGCCUCAUCCGGAAUUGACCGUCCAGCAGAAGCAGCACCUCCGCGAACGCAAUCUCCAGCAGCAGGGAUCCAGUGGUCAUCACGUUGGAUCGGUUGGAUUGGCCGUCCAGUACACUUCGACGGGCAUACCGAUCCGGCCGUUUUUGACCCGAGGUUCCGUCGCCGAAAGGGUCCUGAUUUUUGAAAAAUGUCCGACGACCAUCACGGCGACGGAUUCGUCCAGCAAAUCGGAGAAGGUGACCUCUGCCGCCAGCGCUACGACCCCCGAGAAAUCGAAACGGGCCGGCAGCCCAGCUCCGCAACCUUGGCGACACUCCAAUGAUGUCCAAACUCGAGUCCAGGGCUACACCAAGGAUAACAACAAGGAGAAUCGAUCUACAUCGACGACUAUUUCAUCACCCAGAUCGACUCUACGCCGCCAGGCUAAAGCCAACAACAAUCUCCUUUUGCCCAGAUUUUACUACCCAACGGGACGACCCAUCAGCAAAGAACAGCUGGACGCCUCCCUGCUAAGGCUGGCCGCAACGUUUCAACAGCUGCCCAACUGCCAGGCCAGUCGCGAACAUUUCGGAACCAUCGCCAAGGCUUGUGGUUGUCCUUACUACUGGAAAGCCAUUCUGUUUAUCGCCAGCGGCGGCGAAAAGCUUGGACAUGUUACGCUGGAAACCUUCACCGACUUCUGGGGAAAAAUCAUUAACAACUAUCAUGACGAAGCUUCGCGAUUCGUUCAACUCUUGACCAUGAUCAACCUGAAUGUGAGCGUCGGCAGGACGGACAACAAUCUAAACGGCUCGAUGAAUAACAGCACCGGUUCAGGCCGGUUCUAUCUGAUACCGGAGGAUUUCGUGCCGCUCGUUCAAGACGUGGUCGACACUCACCCAGGAUUGACCUUCCUGAAAGAGGCGGCUGAAUUUCAUUCGCGCUACGUUCACACGGUGAUCGCCAGGAUUUAUUACAAUGUCAACCGAUCCUGGUCAGGGCAGAUCACUCUCACCGAAUUGCGUCAUUCGAAUUUGUUGGCCACGAUUCGCUUGCUGGAGGACGAGGAGGACAUUAACCAAAUCACCGACUAUUUCAGCUACGAGCACUUUUACGUCAUCUACUGCAAGUUCUGGGAGUUGGAUAAAGAUCACGAUCUCUUUAUCGACAAGAAAGAUCUGGCCCGUCACAAUGACCACGCGCUGUCCUCCAAGAUGAUCGAUCGGAUAUUCUCUGGAGCGGUCACCCGCGGCGCCCCUCACAAUAAUCGACUGGCCAAAUUUGGCAACACCAACACCAACAUGAACAAUCAGCCGCGUAUGAGUUACACCGAGUUUGUCUGGUUCCUCAUCUCCGAGGAAGACAAGCGACACCCCACCGCCAUCGAAUACUGGUUCAGGUGUAUGGAUUUGGACGGUGACGGCUACCUUUCGAUGUACGAGCUCGAGUACUUUUACGAGGAACAGCUGCAGCGGAUGGAAUCGCUGGGCAUCGAAACGUUGCCGUUUGAAGAUUGCCUCUGUCAGAUGCUAGACAUGAUUCACCCGGCCGUGCCCGGUAAAGUCUCGCUGAACGACCUCAAGCGCUGCCAGAUGACACCCAUCUUUUUCGACACUUUCUUCAACCUGGAAAAGUACCUGGAUCACGAGCAACGCGACCCGUUCGCCUCGCAACGCGACCCCGAUUCAGAGAACGGCGACGAAAUACUCAAAAUAUCCGACUGGGAUCGCUACGCAGCCGAAGAAUACGAAUUGCUGGUGGCCGAAGAAGGCGGGCCGGAUCACGGCGAUGACAUGUUCAUGCGGGAGGAAAUGACCGCCAGCGAGGAGGAUGGCGGCGAUCAUUCUUCUUUGCCCUUAUCGAUGGAACGUGACGUCAUCAUGGCCGAAUCGGAUGUGAACGACGACCAUGACGACUACUCGCCGCUGUCGGUCCAUUCGAGCCUGGGACUGGGCAACGCCGGCCAUCGCUCCCUCUUCUCCGUCACACCUUGCUCGAUCGAAUACCAAUAUUGAUCGCGCUCCCCACCCACCCCCCCCCCCUCACCCCUUGGCCAUCAAUGCGGCCCAUCGCUGACGGCUACCAAUCGGGCGUGAGCCAGUCUGUUCACGAUCGACUAACGGCCAAUUACGGAUUGAAAGCAGUCAAUACCAUUGCAGAGCCUUAGCUCUGGUGUAUAUCCCUCUAAUUGUGCAAUAUAAUAUGCAAAAUAUAUUUAGUGUAUUUCGGGAAAGGGGGGAGGGAGGGUAAUUAUUAUUAUUAUUUUUAUUGUUCAAUUGACAAACUGAUUACCGUGAAAUCUUUUUUGUUUUGUUUUUUUGGGCUCCCUUUCCUCGCACACCCCUCAGUAAUAACCUCACCUGAAAAUAUUUUGUGAAUCACAUUGUCCGUCUAGUCUCAUCGAAUUGCACAUUUUUUUUUUAACCCUUUCUGAUCUUGGAGCCACCGAGCUGUUUUGCUCUUAUUGAAUAGGAACGAAAGGAAAACAAAUCAAUAAUUUGGAUUCACGUUUUUUUUUAUCGUUUAUGAUGUGUGUCCACCAUUAAUUUCUCUAUUUUUUAUUUUCACAUUCUUUCAUCACCUCUUAUACAUAGUUUCCACUAGAGAUGAUUUGAAUCAUUCGGUCGGGGUUUUUUAAAAUAAUAAUUAUUAAAUGUCUUCUCAAAACGAUGUUCAUGAUUUUUGAAACCCAGCCGUUGACACAUAAUUUAAAAUUAAUUAUGAUAUGCUUUUCUAGUUUUUUUUUUUUUUUUAUUCUCUUGAUUCGUUUUCAAAAAGUGUGUUGGCAGUAGGGUGCGAAAGAUGAUAUACAUAAUAAUUAAAAACAAUCCACCAAUGGGUGGAAUUAUUGUUGCGUUUGUGCAUUGUAUUCAAAAAGUGACUCCUUAUUCAAGUGAAUGUGUUUAUAACGUGCGGAUGUGUCUCCUUGUCCCUGUGUGUACGUGGGGAGGUAAAACAAAAAAUGAAAUUCUUUCAAAAAUAGAAGGGUUCCCUUAAUAACUGCUGCCAUAAAAAAAAUAAACACGAAUUUGUUUCAUUA